AAGAACUACCGAAGGCUGUCACCGGUUCCGUGGCCCGUAUUUCUUGGUCUCCGGUGAAAUUAGAUGUACCAAGUGUGUUGUGUCGAUUGAUUCGGUCGAAGAACUACCGAAGGCUGUCACCGGUUCCCUGGCCCGUCUUUCUUGUUCUCCGGCGAAAUUAGAUGUACCAGGUUCCGAUGGACAUGGAGCAAAGUAGUCUGAAAUUAUUAAUUAUAUGUUCCUACGAAGGUGAGCAUCAUGUAAUUCGUUUAGAAGAGGGCACCACGCUGGAGGAUCUUUACCGGAAUAUAUCGAAAAGAUGGAAUAAAGUGAGUAUUGAGGCGGUAAAACUCCAAUAUAUUGCACCUAUUCAGAAAAGCUACGUGACGUUAUUGUGUGACGAUGAUGUCGCAAAUAUGUGGAGAAUGCAUAUCUUGUUAAAGGUAAUGUUUGUGGAUAUGAUUGCACGGUGCAGAAGCGAGCACCAGAGCGUGCCUCUCCGAAGCACGGUUGGACGCAGGUAGUAAGUAUCCACCUCCGCGAUUUUGUAGUAGCGCGGUGCAGAACGAACC